AUGAGAAGAAAUGUGUACCAGGGUCACCAGUACUCUGCAGCUGUCAGGGCUCCCACACUGGCUCUACCCAUCCCCUGUGCUGUGCAACACACUAAGAACUUUCACCUGGCAUAAGGUUGGGGCUAUUUUCAAGAGGUCCAAGCCACGUAAAGAGAAGGCUCUAAACUUCAGGAUGUCCUCGCAAGCCUCGAAGGAUCAGCUAGAAGGCCAGAAGCCCCCACUGUUAGUUGACGACCACACUGUAGUUACUGUCAGAGAAUCAAAAGUUCUAGUUCUUCUAAGGGGUCUUCCUGGGAGUGGAAAGUCAACACUGGCUAAAGAUAUCGAGCUAAAAUAUAAAGAAACCUCACGUCUCAUCUCUGCUGACCAAUAUGAAAUCAAACCAGUAAUUAGGAGUUCUAGUGGAGGAGAUUAUACUAAAUUGGAUGACGAAUUAACAACUUGCUUUGAAAGACGUGAAGCCAAUCUGGUUAUCCUUGAUGACACGCAUCAUGAUCAUGAGCGCCUUGAUGAGUUGUUUGAUUUGGCCAACAAGUACCAUUUCACUGUAGUUAUUCUGGAACCCAAGACACCUUGGAGACUGGACUGUGCACAGUUGAAAGAUCGAAACCAUUGGAAGUUAUCAUUAGAAGAGCUUAAGAACCUAAGGCCCUCACUGGAGAAAGAUCUGCUUCCUCUGUACUUUGGAUGGUUCCUAGCCAAGCGAGAUGAGGAUUCUCUGAGGAAGACCAGCCAUGAGUUUCUGGAACAGCUGGGAAAUUUGAAGGCCUUUAAAAAACGUUUACAAGCAUAUGGUUAUGAAGAUAAACACAAGUUGGAUCUUUUGAAACAUUUUGCCAAAACUCCCAAUAUACUGCACUGUACAUCCAAAUUCUGCGACUAUGGGAAGGCUGCAGGUUCAGAAGAGUAUUCCCGUCAAGAGGUUGUGAAGAAGAGUUACUCCAAAGGUUACACCCUGCAUAUCACAUCUCUGUUUGCUACUCCCAGGACAGUGGGAGCGCGAGUAGAACUCACAGAAGAGCAGCUCUUACUCUGGCCUCUAGAUGCUGAGAGAGAAGUGAUGCCAAAGGAUACAUUCCCCCGUGGAAGCCGUGCCCACCUCACCCUGGGCACUGCAGCUGAGGUCCAAGAUAUUCAAACUGGUAUUGACCUUCUGGAGUUUAUAAAGAUUCAGCAAGCUGGCAGGGAGGGGGAGAGUUUGGGUGAGCUGACCGGGUCAGUUGCUGGUAAAGUCUCUUACUUUGAUAAUGGCAUGUGGAUAGUAAACCUGGCCAGAAAGAUUGAAGUGAAGUCUAUCUUUUCUGGUUACUAUGGCAAACCAGGUGUCAACGUCCCCCUGCGUGGUAGCAAAAAGGGUUUAUUACAGCAGUGUCACAUUAUGUAACUAACUGGAGUUAACCAAACACUUUGGGUCCAAAUAAUUUUUUUAUUUUUUCUAAGUUGCACUUAACAUUUAUUUAAUAAUAAAAGACUGGUGUAUAUGAAGGCACAGCACUGUAUACUAAUGUAAUACAAGUACUGCUUUCCACAGUAUUUUAUGGUUUAAAUAUAAAAUUGCAAUGUAUAGAAGUCAGCUGUAGUAUCCUUUUUAAAUGUUGCCUUCCACUGCUCUUAUAUUUCUU